CCUAAGAAACCUUCGAGUCCGAUAAAAAAUAGUUUAUAUACUCCUAAACACAUCGAAAUUGCUACGUCAUUUGAUUUCUGAGCAUCGUGGUUCGAAACAUGAAGCUCUUCUUGCUAGCCUGUCUUAUUGGCUUUGCAGCCGCUGAUUUACUUCAGGAUGCAGCCCCUGCCAUUGAUGAAUCAGUGUUGGCUUUCCUUGAGGGGGCCGUCAGCGCCGGAUCCCUUUCUGAAGUUCUUGGAGUAAAAGACCGUGAAAUUGAACAGAUGGCCGAUGAUAUUGAAUCUGAAUUGGGUCAGAAAAUCCGCGAAGCCUUAAAGGAAAUGCUUGAAAAGAUCAAGGAUCAUGUCGACAACGGCAAAGCAGUCGGUCUGGAACUCUUUGAAAAGGUGAAGGAGCUGAGAGAAAAAAUGAGUGAGUUGGGAGAGGGGGAAACAGAGAAAAUGAAAGAAAUGUUGAGGAAUGUGAGAGAAAAGGCAAAAGAAGCACUCCGAAAGAUUCUAGAGAGAUUAGGACUCGGAAAACGAAACUUGGAUGACUCAAUGGAUCAAAUGGCUCGUAUGAAAUUCAAAGAGCUGUAUGAAAAAAUUCGAGAAAAAAUCCUCUCUAACGAGAACAUAAAGAAAAUCCGAGAAUACAUCUUGAACAAAUAUGGUGAAAGCCAAAUCGUGAAGAAGUUGAAGGAGUUAGUGGAGAAGUUGAGUGAUGUGGAGUUGAAGGAGAUCAUCGGCCACCUCUUCGACUAUCAUCAUCAGUCGGGAGUGGAGAUGAGGGGAGAGGCAUGGGACAAAGUGAAGAACUUCUUCAAGGACAUCGGCGUCAAGAUUCAGGAUCACAGUAAGAAGUUUGGACGGUGGGUGAAGGACAUGUGGGGGAAAGGCAUUGAAAAACUGAAGGAGAAACACGGAACCAUCAAGGCCAUCGCCAUGGAAUUCAUCGCCAAUGCCAAGGACUUGAGCGCAGAAAUGAGCCGAGAGGCUUUAGAGUUUUUCAGACCCUACAAAGAUGAUUUGGGAGCCUUGUGGGACAAACUUGUUGAAGCCACCAAAGAAGCUAUCGGCAAAUUCUAAAUGGAACAAACAGUUCACGUAUUGGAUUAAAUUAAAUUCAUACAAUAAAAUAUUUCUUUAAAAUCAA